AUGGCUGACAAUGAAGGAAGAACUUGCGUUUAUGGCUUGAGACACCAAGCGAGGUGUUUGACAGCUGUUGUUGCAGAUUCAGAUCAUAAUAAAUUUUUAGUUGGUUCUCAAAGUUUACGACGUCAAAAUGAGAUUCAUCUACUUGAUUUUCGUGAAGAUGAGUUUGAGAUAACUAGUAGCGUGUUUCAGCAUUAUGAAGAGAUUUGGGACAUUGCCUCUUUCGAUUCAAAUGUAAUACAGUCUAAGGCUAGCUUAUGGAGAAUGAGCAAUAUAGAAGCAAUAUCUGAAGAUUCAGAAACAAAUCCACAGAGUCAACAUGCGCCAGUAGCACCAAGUUCACCUUUAGAGACCAUCUUUGAAGUAGAUGGUGAUGCGACAGUUAAAAAAAUUCUAUGGGAACCAAAGAAAGUUCUUGCGAAAUUCGCGUCCAUUCAUGAUCAUGCCUUGAAUGUAUGGGCAUUAAGUGAUCAGUUUACAACAGCGAAGUUGUUAAAUACUUUUGAAUUCUCUUCAUCUACUGGGCCUUUGACAACAGGAGCAUGGAAUCCACAUCAACCAGAAAUUGCUAUUGGGAAGGAACGUUCUAUAUCUGGCUGGGAUGUUAAAUCACAAAGUCAGACAUUUAAUAUCGAUGGGGCACAUUCAAUACUUGUACGCGCUUUGGAUUUCAAUCCAAACAUACCAAAUCAAAUUGCUUCUGCUGGUGAUGACUGUAAAGUAAGAUUCUGGGAUAUUAGGAAUACUACCGAAAGCAUCAAAGAAAUAUCCGAUCAUACUCAUUGGAUUUGGGCCAUAGAAUAUAACAGAUUUCAUGAUCAACUUUUUUUAAGUUCUGGUUCUGAUUGUCAAGUCAAUCUUCAAAGUAUCGUUUCCAUUUCUUCAGCAAUGUUUCAAUAUAAUGAAUAUGACGAUAAUAAAUCCGAAGAUGAAUAUCAAGAAAUAAUAAGCAGUAGGCCAACCGACGGUUUGGUGAGAACUUAUGAUCAACAUGAAGACAGCGUAUAUUCAGUUGCAUGGAGUGCUCAUGAUCCUUGGAUAUUUUGUUCUUUAUCUUAUGAUGGAAGGGCUGUCAUUAAUAGAUCGAUCAUCAAUAGCGUUAUCCGAAAGAAACUUCAAGGAUAUGUCGGUUUUGCUAACCUUCCCAACCAAGUACAUCGUAAAUCCGUGAAGAAAGGAUUUCACUUCACGGUGAUGAUUGUUGGUGAAUCCGGUCUAGGUAAAUCAACACUCGUCAAUACUUUAUUCGGUACCACUCUCUAUCCAAACAAAGGUGAAGCUGACCCAUCAGAUGAAACACCAAAGACAGUAGAAAUCCAAUCUCUCAGCGCAGAUAUUGAAGAAAAUGGUGUUAAAUUAAGGCUUACGGUUGUUGAUACUCCCGGAUUUGGUGAUUUUGUAAACAACGAAGAAAGCUGGAAACCAAUUCUCGAAAAUAUCGAAGCUCGAUUUGACGCAUAUCUUGAACAAGAGAAUCGCGUAAAUCGUCGUAAGAUGCUUGACAAUCGCGUUCAUGCUUGCAUUUAUUUCAUUGCCCCUACAGGGCAUUCACUUAAGCCCUUGGAUGUAGAAUUCAUGCGACGGUUACACACCAAAGUCAACCUUAUCCCUGUAAUCGCUAAAUCGGACACGUUAACUGAAGACGAAAUCAAACAAUUCAAGCAACGUAUCCUAGAUGAUAUUGCUUAUCAUAAAAUUCAAAUUUAUCAAGCUCCACAAUAUGAAUAUGAUGAUCAAGAAACGGUAGCAGAAAACCGUGAAAUAAUAAGCAAAAUUCCCUUUGCAAUUGUCGGUAGUGAUAAGGAAGUUGAACUUUCUGAUGGUCGUCGCGUUCGUGGACGUAAAUACCCAUGGGGUGUAAUUGAAGUGGACAAUGAAGAGCACAACGAUUUUGUCAAGCUUCGACAAAUGCUCAUUCGAACUCAUAUGGAAGAGCUCAAAGAAUACACCAAUGAUGUGCUAUAUGAGAACUAUCGUUCCGAAAAACUUGUUACUAUGGGGGUACAGCAAGACCAAACUGUCUUCAAGGAAGUAAACCCACUCGCCAAGAUGGAAGAAGAACGUCAACUUCACGAAGCCAAAUUACAAAAGAUGGAAGCUGAGAUGAAAAUGGUGUUCCAACAAAAAGUCCAGGAGAAGGAGGCUAAAUUGAAACAAUCCGAAGAAGAAUUAUAUGCUCGCCAUAAAGAAAUGAAGGAUGCUUUGGAAAAACAACGACUAGAAUUAGAAGAAAAGAAAAGGCGAUUAGAAUCUGGUAGACCGAUUACCCCUGAAAAAGCAAAAAAGAAAGGGUUUUCGUUUAACAAAUAG